AUGGCCAUCAAGAAGAACAAGAAGGAUGCCAACUCCCUCUCCUCGCGCCUGGCGCUUGUGAUGAAGUCCGGAAAGGUCGCUUUGGGUUACAAGUCGACCCUCAAGGCCCUCCGUGCUGGCAAGGCCAAGCUGGUCAUCAUUGCCGGCAACACCCCUCCUCUCCGCAAGUCCGAGUUGGAGUACUACAGCAUGUUGAGCAAGACCCCCGUCCACCACUUCGGCGGAAACAACAUUGAGCUUGGUGUUGCCUGCGGAAAGCUCUUCCGCUGCUCGACCAUGUCUGUCCUUGACGCCGGUGACUCUGAUAUCCUCAGCGACCAGCAGUCGUAA